AUGAGACAGAAGAGGGAGAGGAGGCCUGAGGCCCAGGGUGGACACCAGCCAGCCAUGGCCGCGGCUGAGACUGUCCUGCCCUCCAUCAGCACUCUCACCAGCCUGGGCCAGUUCCUGGACACACAGGAGGACAUCAAGCAGUGGUGGCGCCACGACCAGACGCAGGAUUUGGGCCCUGGGCCCCCCCUUCAAGUGAGUGUGAAAUCGGAGGACCCGCCAGGAGAGGACGAGGAUGAUGAGAAGGACAUGACCUGUGCCUGGGGUCCGGAUCUUUUCCUCACAAACUUUCCAGGUCCCGAGCCGCCUGGCACUUCCCGGACCUGUGCCCUGGCGCCCAGCGGAGGCCCAGUGGCACAGUUCGCGCCGCCGGAGCCUCUGGGCGCUUAUGUGGGUGGCCCAGGGUUGGUGACCGGGCCUUUGGGCUCAGAGGAGCACGCGGGCUGGGCGCACCCCGCCCCGCGAGCCUCAGCGCCUGAACCCUUCGUGGCCCCAGCCCUAGCCCCAGCCCUAGCCCCGGGACCCGCGCCCAAGGCGCAGCCGGCUUUCUCCGACUCGCGAGCGGCCUCGGCAGGGGGCUUCUUCCCGCGGGCGGGGCUCGCGGUGCCCGCGGCUGCCGGGGCCCCCUACGGGCUGCUGUCGGGGUACCCGGCGCUGUACCCCGCGCCACAGUACCAAGGGCAUUUCCAGCUCUUCCGCGGGCUCGCGGCGCCUUCGGCGGGCCCCGCCGCGCCCCCUUCCUUCCUGAAUUGUCCGGGACCCGGAGCGGCGGGCCCCGACCUCGCGGCCUCCGCGCUCGCGGGAGACGCAGGCCUGUCCCCGGGAGCCGCGCCGCUCAAGCGCAGCCGGCGAGCUCUGGCGGGGAAGAGGCAGGCAGCACACACGUGUGAGCACCCGGACUGCGGGAAGAGCUACACCAAGAGCUCGCACCUCAAGGCUCACCUGCGCACGCACACAGGGGAGAAGCCUUACGCCUGCUCCUGGGACGGCUGCAGCUGGAAGUUCGCCCGCUCCGAUGAACUGACCCGCCACUUCCGGAAGCACACUGGACACCGCCCCUUCUGCUGUGGGCUCUGCCCACGAGCCUUCUCGCGCUCUGACCACCUCGCUUUGCACAUGAAGCGUCACCUCUGAGUGAUCCCGCGCAGGGACUGGGGGGGAAUGAGUUUUCCAGGGGACGGGCCGUUAUUGGACUUCCGGCCCCACAGACCUACCCAGACCAAGAACUGACCCUUAGACCAUGCAGAGGAGCCCUCGACAGAAGCCUCACACGUCCCCGGGGAACCACACAGAAACAGAUGGCCUCACACCCCAGCAAGACAGACCACCAAAUAAAUCAUCUCACAUGGACCCUCAGACCGGUGCAGGAGUGCCCCGGAGUCCUGGAGCUGGAAUGGGGGAGAUGCACCAGAGUCUAGAAGAAGGCUUCAUGCUGUGCCCAUCAGCGAGGUUGUCAUGGUUACCAUAAAAUUCUCCACUAUAAAACAGUGUUGGCCUCACUGUGGUAUGGGGCUGGAAAUUAGGAGGGGCAUUGAGUCCCCAAGAGGUGAUGCGUUUUCUGUAUGCACACCUUCUGAAGGUCCUAAAACUCAGUCAACUCCUGAUGGAUGACAGCCCCAACCCCCUCCCACCCCAGCACUGUACCCUUCUCCCCCAUCAAGAUCAGCCGAUAUAAUCCAGUCAUGUGUUGUGGAGGAAUAAUGACAAUUUUAUCUGCCCCCCCCCCCUUUUUCUUGAGACGGGAACGUACUGUGUUUGGCCUGAAAUAAUGUUGACCAGGCUGGCAUCGGCCUCACAGAGAUUACUGUCAUCCUGCCUCUUGUCUCCCAAGUGAUUUUUUUUCCUUUUGUUUGUUUGCUUUUUGUUUUUUGAGACAGGAUUUCUCUGUGUAGCCUUAUCUGUCCUGGACUUACUUUGUAGACCAGGUUGGCCUUGAACUCACAGAUAUCUGCCUGCCUCCGUCUCCCAGAAUGCCAGGGAUAUAUGGAGAAAUCCUAUCUUGAGAAAACAAAAAAGACGGUGUGGGGGCACACACCUGUAAUCCAGUGCUCUGGGAAGCAUCGACAGACAGAUCUCUCUGAGUUCAAGGCCAGCCUGGUCCACAAAGCCAGUCCAGGGCAGCCAAGGCUACACAGAAAGAAAAAAAAAAAAAGGGGGUGGUGGCAGUGGGGGGUGGAGAGAUGGUUCAGGAUGGUUCAGAUGGAUGUUCUUCUGGAGGUCCCGAGUUCAAGUCCCAGCAACCACAUCUAUAACCAGAUCUAUGAGUCUGGUGCCCCUUUCUGGCAUGCAAGCAGAACACUGUAUACAUA